GAACUGCAUUUUUAAAGAUCCUUUUGAGAAGCUUCCUGGUUGUGUGGGGCAUUGUCUAUAUAAAAAGUAUACCAGGAGAUGGUUUACAAGCAGAUUUACCAGCUGUCAUGGUGAUGUGGAUGCUGAAAUAUGUGUAAAGAAAGAGAAGAAAUGUAAAAAAGGUACUCUUGUUUGGAUCUGUACCAGUACGCUGAUGAGAUCAACAAAAGUGAUGAGACACUGCUGGGAAGUAUGGAUAAAAAUAUUGCAGAACAGCUUAAUAAAGCAUUUGAAGCCUUUCGGCAAGCAUGUAUGGAUCGAGAUUCUGCAGUGAAAGAGCUCAAACAAAAGACGGACAGCUAUGAAAAGCAAAUACAUGAACAACAGGAACAAAUAGAAUCUCUGACAAGGGCUGUUGCAAAGUUCAAGUCACAGCUGGCAUCUAUGAAUGCAAACAGAGCUAACACACAUGAGCCGGUUCCCGUGCCUGAAGACAGUGAAAUAAUAAGAAAUGGUACCUUAUUAAACUUGAAUUCUGAGCAGCUGCACGAGAAGCUGAAGUUGGCAAUACACAGAGAGAAGCUUUUAAAGGAACAAUUGGAGAUUGGGAGCAUCAAACUAAAGCAAACAGAAGAGGACAAUAAUUUAAAAGAAAAGAAAUUUGAGUUUGUUAUUGCCAUCAAAGAAGAUGAAAUAAGGCUUCUAAAGAAACAGCUCAAGGAAAUAAGCAAAGCACAAAAUUGCACAGAGGUACUAAGAUUUGAAAGAGAGGCAAAAAAUGACAAACAGUCAUCAUCCAGGCAGGAAUUCCCUGCAGAGGCCUCUGCUGCAACUGUCUUUGAAAAGGAUGAACUUGAAAAACUUUUCUGCGGAUUGAAGGAAGAAUUUCAUCGCAUACGUACACUAGCGAGGACACAGACGGACCAGCUGAGUAAAUUUAAGCUACGGAGAGAACCUGUAACUGAAAUUCCAUUCUCCAAGCCUGUUCAGUGUACCGACGAACAAGCAGAUGAUCUUUGUAACCCUUGGGUCAAAAAGGAUAUAGAUAGAGACAUUCUACACUUCCCGCCCAUCACCCCAAGAGGCAUGGGCCAAGAUGAGGAAGAGAACUCUGUAGAGUCCCUUUCUAAACUGAGCGUCAAGUUCCCACCUACAGACAAUGACUCUGCUUUUCUGCAGAGCACACCGGACAGUGCGCCAGUUCCUUGUGCGGUGGGAUCUGAAUGCCUGCUUCAGGAUCUGCAGUUCAACAGAGAGCUUGGCAAUCCAGCGGUGAACUUCAACCAAGUGACAUGCCGCUUGUCUGAAGAAUGUACUUCAGCUAUGCAUAACCUGUUGAUUGCCAGCAAAGCCAAACCCUCAACCCACACAAACACGCUCGUACACAGCCCUUCGGAAAUAGCUCCAGGUUUUAAAGCACCCUUCUUAAACAACUUUGGAGCCUUUCCCUCGUUAGAAGCUAAUGAGAGGACUGUCGGUGCACCUCAGCAGCCACCCUGGAAGCCAUAUCACACUCAAGACAAUGACUUAUUGAGGGCUGCCUCUGCAGACUCAGAACUUGAUCAGCCUGGAAUAUGUGAAUUCUGUCAAAAAGUUUUCCCACCAUCUCUUACAUCCAGCGAGGACUUUCUAAGGCACCUGAAUUCACACUUCGACAAGAAGACUUAGUGUAACUGGAACGCACAGAACUUUCAUUUAAACUGAAACACUGCAGUUUCUGAAUAAAUGAAUUCAGCCGGAGUCGUAUCACCCAUUAAAUUAUAUUAAAGCCACUGUUAAUGGCACACAGGAGAAACAUGUAUAUACUCCCAUUAACCUCAAAAAAAUGGGUAGAGGAAACUAAUGAUAUUGGCCACCUAGUGUGUGACAACAAGGAGGAGAACUUGACCUCUUAUUGUGUUUCUAAAGAACUUCUGUUUGCAUCAGGAGCAUUUUUUGAAAAGUGUAACGUUCAUCAUCGUAGUAUGAUGUCUUGCCUCCUCAUUAAGUAUGUUAAUUUGGAAACAAGUCCAAUCUAUUUCAGUAAUUAAUGCCGACUACCAGGGUCUGAAAAAGAUGUGAUGUGAGCCACAAGUGAAGUGCAAGUAUUUCACUCAUACCCAUCAGUUAAAUGUACUUGCUAUAUGAGGUGGUUCCUUCCCCAGUUGCGGUUCAUGGGCCAGCAGUGUAGCCACUGGGACUGCAAUUUUGCUGGUGUGUUAACAUUAUGUGCAAAUUGGCCAAUACAUGAUAAUUGCAUUUUAAGCCAAGUGGAAUGCCUUAACAGUGACCCACAUCGUAUUUUUUUCAGUCUUUAAGAAUGAAAUAACUUACCUAGAGCAGAACUGAAUGUUUGUUCUUGUCUCAAGAGUAGUGAGCACCAUUUAUUACUUUGUGCAGGUGGUCUCACAAUUGUAAUAAACAUGAUUUUUAAAGAUUUGAAAUAAUUUUACUGCUGAGUAGUAUACUACAAAAGAUUCCUCCUAGACAUGCUUCCCAGAAGAUGUAACUUCCUAUAUAUGUUCUUCACACAAGUGCCUUUCACUGCAUUUAGAAAAAUACAGCGUUUGUUAUGUGAAGAUACCGUAAAAUUAGCCUAUGAAUUUGUCAGGUGUAAUGGGAUUCAUACAGUUUUCUGUUCACAGAAGAUGCUUCUUUAUAGACAUUCUACUUUCUAUUUAAUAGCCCUUAAAGUAUCUUUUUCCCUGUAGGCGGGUGCUAUUUUUAAAAAAAUGCACCUCUGAAAGAACAGUAGCCCUCAUGGGUCUUUCUCCCUCCUCCCCAGCCAGUAAAACCCAGUGAUCAACAGGUACAGAAAAGGAAACGCUUGGCUUGCUCACCUUCCUGCAUGAAGCGAGUUUCUGUUGAGCAUACAAGCAGACUGUGAUGUUCAGAGAACCUUGUAAACUGUGGCAGCUACUUGCACUUGAGGAGGGAGCAAUCCACAUACAUGGGAGCUUUUAUAUAUUUUCCCACUGAAUAUUAGUAAAGGAUGAUAAAACAGUACCCAGUUUCCUGGGGUUAAAGUGUAGAUGACUGGGGCAAUGGCAAACCACCCCAUAAAAAGUCUGCCAAGAAAACGUUGUGAUGCGACAUCCCCCGAUAGGUCAGUAAUGACUCGGUGCUUGCACAGGGGGACUACCUUUACCUACCUUAAAUAUGCAGCAGUCAUCCCUCCAGACCUUUUGUGGGAGAGUACUACACAUGGUCCCCUCUUGCCUACCCAAGUUCCAGAUCUGCAGUUCCUAUUCAUGCUGGCAAGAACCGCUGUUCUGAUUUCCUAGUAAGAGGAAAGUGAAUUGUGUAUAACCCCCAGGUCCCAGUCCUACAUGCAGGCAGUUAAUCUUGCAUGACAACAGGUGGCAGUGGAUGCAAAUCUUUAUUUGCAUCAAAAGAUACAUUUAGCCAAUUGAGUGAAUACAGUGAUGCAAAAGAAAUGUGCAUCCACAUGUGAACAAGUGUGUAGAUCUUGUUCUCAGUUAGGGAGCAAGCUUCUCUUUUUACUGUCUCUGUUAUUGUGGCUGGGCCCCACAGAGAAAGAAUUCUUGGAAACCUUUGCUUGCAGGUUCCCAGUUCUCUUGGAAACCUUUCCUGACUCCUCUUUUCUCCAAGGCCGCUUUACCCCCCAGUAAAACUACCGUAGCUUUUACAAGGAGAGGAGCUAAUAGGAAAAUAAAAUUACCUUUAUCCUACCACUAUUUUUAAAAAGUAAAAUGCUAGCUCAGCUUCUAGAUUUUAAAUAAGGUUUGCAAAAUUAAACACACAUUUAUUGGACGUUUGUGGGGGGGGGGUUAACAAGUUGUUUUCUACAUAUGUGAAGUAUGUUGUAAAUACUAUGCAUUUUAUAAUCAUGAAAGUUUAGCUGAGAUGGUUUUAAAACUGUGAUGUUUUCCCAGGAUCUGAUAAUAUUUGUAUACUGAUAAUCUUGGGCUGUGCUGUUUUCAGUCCAGGAGUAUUAAUUGUAUAGUAAUGUUUAAUAAAUUGUCUAUAUCUAC